UUUUUUUUUUUUGCCUGAUCACCCACAUGGCAAAAAGAAAAAAUUUCUGAUUCAAAAUACAAAAAAAAAUGGCUGUCAAGCAUUCAUGUCAGUCAAGUGUGUCCGUGUGUACCCUGAAUUUUCUGCAGAAGACGCAUGAAGAAACAUGCUUUAAGUUGAAUACCAGAUACCUGGGGCUUAUGCAGAGAAGGGAUGGGGAGAUAAUUACCCCCUCCCUUUUUUUCCCCUAAAAAACCAAAUUUAUUUUCUCCAAAAAAGGAAAGAAUUUGAAAGCAAACAGCAGGCUAAGUGGCUAUAUUCCACUUCCCUCUCACCAACUGUUAUGAAAGACUUCAUUAGUUACAUUCUAAAUGUGUAGGAUAGAAAUAAUUUAUAGUUCAGUAUUUUUUCUUUUUGAUUUGUCCAAAGCCUGUUUACUUGUACAUAAAUUGAUACAUGAAUAUUAAUUAUUUGUAACAGGUACAGUUGCCAAACUGUGUUAAUAUGUGUUUCAUUACUCCAGAACUAAUAAAGUAAUUUUAUUAGCAAUAGAAUCAAUAAAGUCCAUCCACGGUAACCUCCUACUUUUUUAAACGAACCUUUGAAAAAACACACCAGGAUGCAGCAUGUUUGGUUCGUUUGCAAAAAUACUUUCCAUCAUAUGCAUAUUAAACAUGCAUUAACACUAAAUUACCGUAUAAUGAUGUUAAAUAAAAUUUUACAAAAAAAGUAACUAUCUAUGUACAAUAUUAUUAAUAUUAAUGAUCUCGCAUGUGUGUAAAUGAAACAGUGAGAGAAGUGGUGUGUUGGCAAUGAUUAGAACGAAAUAGUUCCAUAGCCAAAAUAUAUAUUUUUUGACUUUCCGCGUGUAUUUAAGAAUUUGUGUGGGUAUUUGUUAAGUUUGAACAUUUUUUUAAAUCUCUGGUGAAAUAAAAACGUUAUGUUAACGGUAAAAAAAUAUUACGUGCCGAAACCGUGGUCGCGCAUUAAUAAUGUUAAUAGUCACUUGAUUGUUUUCUCUUUCAGCCGUUUGCAGUCUGCACAGAUUACGCCAUAUUGCAGUGUGUUUUAAUAUAUUACUGACCGUGAAAUAACGUACAGUUUGUGUUUCAGGAUUUUGUGUUAAUAUUGUGUAUUUUAACUUUGUUAUAUUAUUUAUUAUCUACUAUUGUAAUGAUGGAAUUUGUUAUCGUUUUGAUAUUUUGUGUGGUUCUUGUGAUUGCUGUAAUGGUAAUUGGUUCCGGAAUGGGGAAAGCUACUUCUUCGCAGCGUCAGAUGGACAUCAUUAACGUCGCUCAGAACUUAUAUGUUUUAAUUAAAAAAGGCGACUUGAAGAAAUGUGACGUUACGCAGACGACCGCGUUUCUUCUCAACAUCGCAAAGUCAACUGUUCUCAAGUACUACAAGAAAGACAUUGAAGAAGUUUCAACACCAGGAAAAAAGAGGAAAAAAAGGCCACAGGAAGGAAAGUCACUUGACACAGUCGACGAUUUCACAGUAAAUGCAAUCAGGAAUGCAAUUUACAGGAUGUACGCUGAAGGUUUGAAUGUUACAGUCGACACCAUUUUGAAAGAAAUCAGGGAAAGACAAAUAGAUUAUUAUGGUGGAAGAUCAAGUCUUCAUAAAUUGUUAAAGAAGAUGGGAUUUUCAUGGACAACUGUUGAUGGACGAAAAGCUUUGAUAGAGAAUGAAAACAUAGUAUUGAAGCGAAUAGAUUUCUUGAGAAAGUAUAAAGAAGAAAAAGAAAGAGGUGCCAAUUUCAUAUUUGUUGAUGAAACAUGGAUUUUCCAGAGAGGCAAGGCAUUAAUUUAUUUGAAAAUUUGUUCUGUGGUCCAAUACAAAGUAUUUCAUUUCCAUUUCAUAUAUUUUUCAGGAACUGUAUCAAAGUCAUGGCAGGACAAGAGUCUACAAUCUGCGAAGAGACGUACUGUUGGAGAUGGUAAAAGGUUUAUUGUUGUUAAUGCUGGAGGGCGCACUGGCUUUGUGCCAGGAGCAGGAUUACUUUUUGUUUCAGGUCAGAAGACUGCAGACUACCAUGGCGAGAUGAAUGGGGAAACUUUCUUGAUGUGGUUUGAAGACAUGUUGGUGCAUCUGGAGGAACCCAGUGUCAUAAUAAUGGACAAUGCUUCAUAUCACAGCACCCAGGUUGAGAAAACACCUACAACGAACUGGACCAAGGAUGCACUGAUCGCGUGGCUGGAGAAGAAUGAGAUAAAACAUGAAAAUAAUUUGUUUAAAGUGGAGCUGCUGAGAAUAGCUAAACAAAACAAGCCCUGAAUACGGUAUAUUAUUUCGUUUUUUUUACAGCAUUUCUUUAAAAGUGAGAUAGUUGCAAAAAAUUACGUAUACGCCUUGUUCUAACACACUUUUCAGAUAUGAGGUAGACGAGUUGGCUUGUAACUAUGGCCACAAAAUUCUACGACUCCCACCCUAUCACUGCCACUAUAAUGCAAUCGAACUAGUUUGGGCUCAAUGUAAACACCAUUACAAUAGUAACGUGGGGCGGGCCAAGAGAUUUGACAAUGAUGCAGUUGCAGCCAUCUGGAAAGAGGCUCUUGAUGCUUCCACACCAGAGAGAUGGGCGAGGUGUGUGGAUCACGUGGAGAAGCUAAUUCAAGCAGACUGGGAGAGAGAAGUCCACAUAGACAGCGGCACCAUUCCUCCACUCAUCAUCCACCUCGGCGAGGAUAGUUCAAGUGAAGACAGUGACAGCGAAGAAUUUGAGGUUACGACACAGCAAGUAGAUGGAGACAGUGAAGUACUGGCAGUUCCUCUUGAUGAUUUACCCGGGUGUUCUUAUUGAGGUCUGUAAGUAAUAAACACCUGGGCAACUGUAAGUAUUGGGGUUUGAAACAUUUUUUUUUCUUUUAUGCAUUCCCAUUAAGUAUGUUGAUUACUGGAACUUUAUGUAUUAACUUUAUAUUACACAUAUUAUAAAAUUAAUAAUAAAUUUCAUUUCUGGAUUCGUAUAGGUGUAUGUGAAACAUUUUAUUUUGUUGUGUCUCUUCAUUUUUCAGUGAACUUACUUGGAAAACAAAAAGCCAGUCCCCAUCCAGGGCCACAAAUAAAUAAUGCAUAUAAGUGGUAUAGAAAUUACUAUCAAUUCUUUACCACAAUUUUACUGUUCAUAAAAUUAUGAUUUUGUCUAAUAAGUAUACUCAGGAAAAUGUAUAUAACCAUAUUUUUAUUUGUGGCCUUAACCGGCAAAAUGGUAGGGGUUUAUUAAAUAAAAGAAGAAAAUUCAUUUUUAAAUGUUUUCAUCUGAAUUUGUUAAUUUUAUUAAACCUUCAAUCCUUAGUCUUUUCCAGAUUGCUUAGAUGGACAGCCAUAUGUAUAAUUUACAAUACUUUUUUUUUCAGAUGCAGAAAACUGUGUUGAACUGUACUAAAGGAUGAUAUUUAUUGCUUACAUAAAUGUUGUAAAUUUAUA